UAAAACAGCUCCAGAACUGGUUCUGUGUUGGCUGUCUUGGGCUGCUCAGGGGUUAAGUUACACUUGAGAAAGCGAGAGGAGGAAGAGAAAGACGAAACUGCUGGCGUCUUUGAAUCCUCUCUCUGCUUUGUCUGCCUGACUCGUCUCCACCGCCUGACUGCUGUUCCUCGCGAAAGUCUCCGGGCUGCCUCUCGUCCUCCUUCCACACGUUUGAGUUAACCAGCACCGUUUGGCUCGUCCUCUUGUCUGUGCGACAGCCCAAGGAUGCGACUGCAAUGCCGCUAGGUCACUGACCCUGCUGUGACCACCAAGUGUCUAAAGAUGAUCUCUGCAUCCAAAUGUCACCCCCCUUGGACUCCACCCCAGUCGGGGACCAUCAGUGUGUGACAGACAGGCGACCGGAGCCGGCGGUGGCUCUCGACUGCGCGGCUUCAAAUUGGCCCCGGCUGAGCUCUGCAUGGAGCUCCGAGUGAAGAGCCCGGCUAUGGUCUGACGUCUCAGCAUGGAUGGAGUCGGGCAGAGGACUGGCCGCCGCUAAUGAGACCAUCACUCUUCAGCUGAGGACUAGCAUUUACGGGAUUAGUCUCACAGCUUCCUGCUCUUUUCCCAGCUAAACUGCAUCAUUGCCAAACUCUCCUAAGUGGGCAUUCUUGUUUUUUUUUUUUUUGGUUUUUUUUCUUUUUGGUUUUUCUUGCUGGAUAUAUAUUCUUCAUGCCUUUCUCAUUUUCAUAUUUUAUCCCUACGUAGUUUUUAUUGUUGGUUUCCCUUUUUCCACUAUGGAGUUUCUGGUUGGACCCUGGAAUAAAGAUUGGGCUUCAUUUCUGCAGUUUUGGUUGACUGUCAUUUUAAGCCUCCAAAUGCAAUUCAGCCCGGGUGCCUCCUGCCCGGAAGAGUGUCGUUGUGACAAAUUGUUUGUGUACUGCAAUGAGCGCAGCCUGACAUCAGUGCCUCUGGGGAUAGAGGAGGGCUACAAGGUCCUCUUUCUUCACAACAACCAGAUCAACAAUGCUGGCUUCCCUCUGGAACUUCACAAUCUGGCCUCUGUGGAGACUGUUUACCUCUAUGGGAAUCAGCUGGACGAGUUCCCCAUCAACCUCCCCAAAAACACCAAGGUGCUGCACCUCCAGGAGAACAACAUCCAAACAAUUUCCAGGGCAGCCCUGGCUCAGUUGUCCCAACUUGAGGAGCUGCACCUUGAUGACAACUCUAUCUCCACAGUCGGGGUGGAAGAAGGGGCCUUCAGGGAAGCGAUCAGCCUCAGGCUCCUGUUCCUCACUAAGAACCACUUAAGCAGUGUUCCCAUCGGCCUUCCGGAGGACUUACAAGAGCUGCGGCUGGACGAGAACCGCAUCGCUGUCAUUGCAGAGGAGGCAUUCCAGAAUGUGACACGCCUGCAGCGCCUCCUGCUGGACGGGAACCUGCUGACAGACGAGGGCAUUGCACCAGGCACCUUCCAGGGUCUGACUAACCUCCGUGAGCUGGCUCUGGCCCGGAAUUCACUCACCUUCCCCCCUCCCCUCCUUCCCACCCAGUCACUGGUCAAACUCAGCCUGCAGGAGAACCAGAUAGACAAGAUCCCUGUGGAUGCCUUCUCUGGCCUUCACUGGCUGGAAAAACUGGAUAUCUCCAGCAACCAGCUUCAGACUCUUACACAAGGUGUGUUUGACAGCAUGUCGAGCCUGAAGCAGCUCACAGUACGAAACAAUCCCUGGCGCUGUGACUGUGCAGUGAAAUGGGUGGUGGUGUGGCUCAAGUCAUUGCCUACUUCCCUCAACGUCCGAGGGUUCAUGUGCCUGAGUCCAGAGAAGGUUCGUGGCAUGGCAAUCAGAGAGCUCACGCUGGAUAUUAUCGAGUGCCCCGACCAACCGAUAUGGCCCACUCUACGUUCAACACCCCCUCCACCACUUACCACCACCCCCAUCACAACCAUGAUCUCCACCCUCAUUACUACCUCCAUCCCCUACUACUUUGAGUCUCCCUCCCCUCCCUUACCCCCAGUCUAUAACAUCCCUUCAGGGCCCCUGCCUCCUUAUGAGGACCCCCUUCAGAUUUCCUUCCUCGUUGUUAAUGCAAGCUGCAUUGAGGUGAGCUGGGUUUCCUACUUCACCGUCACAGCCUAUAAGGUUACUUGGGUCAAAAGGGGCCAAAACCAAAUAAAUGAAGGGAUGCAGGAACGGACGGUUAGUGGGGAUCGGCGGCACAUCAGCCUCACCAACCUGGAGCCCCGGUCCAUGUACCGGAUCUGUGUGCAUGUGCUUGAUACUGUUAAUUCCUACAGGCCAGGAGAGGAUACUAUAUGCUCAGAGGCUAGGACCAAGUCUGCUUCGUCUACAAAGUCACCCGGCUCUGAGCAGGCGGCUCAGGAGGGCUUCAACUCCACCUUGCUAAUGGCUGGGAUCAUAGGUGGGGCGGUGCUUAUCAUCCUGGUAACGCUACUCAGUCUGUUCUGCUGGCACAUGCACAAGAAGAGCCGGUCGUCGUCAACCAAGUGGAAAUACAACCGGGGCAGGAGAAAAGACGACUACUGUGAGGCUGGAACCAAGAAGGAUAACUCCAUUCUGGAGAUGACUGAGACCAGUUUCCAGAUAGUGGCGCUGAACAAUGAACAGUUGCUCAAGGGAGAUUUCCGCAUUCAGCCCAUCUACACACCCAACGGGGGCAUUGGAUUUAGAGAUUGUCACCUCAGUAACAACAGCAUAGCCUACUGCAAGAGCAGUAAUGUACCCAGUACAGAGUUCUGCCACACGUGAUGCAGACGCGCAGACAGAAACACUUAAUGCAUAAUCACACGUUUGUGUAGACAAGAACAACCACAAAAUCUAGUGAAAUAUACCUGUACUAUAUAUAUUUCCAAGUUCUGUCCAAGAUGUAAUUUAUACUGUGGAUAAUAAUGUGGGAUAUCUGCUAUCUUUUUUAUUCUUAGAAGAGGAGAUACAAGCAUUUCUUUUUUUAUAACCAGCAGGGUUUUGAAAGUUGUUUUCACGGUCAGUACUGUACACGAACAUGGAUUUGUACAAUCACGGCACCCUGAGUGUAGCUCGGAAAUAUUGGGCGCUUACAGAGGGCUGGGAUUCUUUGCUAACCACAGAAGCAAAAUAAGUUUUUUUGUCCCUGUUUGAAAUACUGCAAACGGCACCGACGAAAUACAAAUAGUGCUUGAUUAGAGAGUCGUGGCAAUACGGCACUGCUACAUUGGUGGCAUCAUGUCAGAAAAAUAAGUCAUUGAAGUGCACUUUAUUAUUAGAGCGAGCGAACGCUGGUGGGAAUCACGUGAUCGUGUGAGGUUGCAUCUGGAGCAAAUCAUCAUAGAGGGAUAUUUCCCAAAUGUGCCAAAGUGCAGCUUUGUUCUGUUGAAUUUAAAUAGAACAAAAGUAGGCUUAAGCCAAGAGAAGCGUUUGGAAAUCCUUCCCCUCCGAAGAAGAACGUGUCGUUUUCUGCCAAUUUGUUUAUACAAUGAGGGGAAAAUGUCUUUAAAAUAAUAAGUGCAGUACUUAACGGGAGCCUAAAAAGCAACAGAGGAUUAUUUUUCUAAUGAGGAUGUGCUGAGGCCUGAAAAUCCUUUUAAAGAAAUUCCCAAUUUGCUCAGCUUUACUCAUGAUUAUGUCUCAAAAAAGGACCAAUUCAGGAAAAGCAUAAUAUAUUUGCGGGCGUUCGUCUUUCUAAUCCAGGAUGAAUAACAAGGAGCGGUUGGAUUAUAUUAUUAAAUGCGUGUAAAGGAAAAGGGUCCUCUUUGUUCUUAAAGGGGUCGUAUGGUUACAAAAAAAUUGCACUUAAGUAUGAUUGUAGUUUAAUGUGCACAAAGUUCCUCAACUCUAAAAUCUGUGCAUGUAGAAACUCCAAAGUUAUCACAAAAAUUUAGGCUUUAAGUUACUAUUUUUCUUUUUAGAGGCUACUGUGACGUACGUUACAGAAGUCCAUAUCUGAACUCCUGCUUGCUGUAAGCCACGCCCACCGAGCCAGUCUGUGCAACACACCCACAUGGUCUGUGGGAGACACAAGGACACCCUUGGAAGGGAAAGGGGAUAUGGCCAGCAACAGUACAUUUUCAUUUAAAGCAACAGGCACAGAAAGAAGCUGUUUCUUGUAAAACUAUGUAAUUUGUUUUAAAAAUUCAUAACCUCAAUAUGUUUUACUACAAACUUGAAUAUCUGGUUUUAAAAUGAAUUAUUGGCUUGUUAAAAAUGUGAGUAAUAUGACCCCUUUAACACAGUUAAAAUCUACAAAAAUGCCGCUUUUAGUUGUGCACAAACCAAACAGAUGCUUUAAAUGAUUUAUGCAUUUAUGCAACAGUGCAAAACCCAAAAAUAUUCAAUUUACACAAAUAAUACUGCAAAUCCUCAGGAUCUGAGCAGCCGGAACAAACAUUUGGUAUUUUUCCUUAAUAAAUUACUUAAUUGAUUAUUGAUUAUAGCAAUAAUUUCAACUCAAAAAGUGAGUUGUGAUUAUUAAUCAGUCAAAACUCAAACUGCACUCUUAGAGCUUUUAACCCUUUUAAAAACCAAUAAACUUUGUUUGCCAGAUUUGGAUUUAACGUGUCAUUUAGUGUGUUGCUGGUGUUUAGAUAAAUAUUUGAGUGGCUCUUACUGAAGAGGUUAGACGACAGCCCACAAGGGGGCAGUUUGCCUCAGCGUUGUUUGUGCGGAGGACAAAGAGCUGCAGAGAUUACCUCCAUCAUCCACCCCCCGAGUCCAUUACCCUGAUGACAUUACUCAUGCUCAAACGGCAUUGUUGCCACUAUUAUUGCUCAUCGAGCUACUUAAUGAUGUGGAAUCUGGUUUGUGUGUCGGCUGGCUAAACGAAGCGGAGUUUCACCACAUCGCA